AUGACUGCGAUUAUGACUCCAAUGGGCCUAGUCAGGAUGGUCAUAAUUCUACAAGGAGGUGCAAAUUCAGUAGCGCAGUGCCAGCGUGUCGUGCAGUUUGUGCUCGCGGACGCAUAUGGUAAGGCUGUCCAAGCCUUCCUAGACGAUUUUGGGAUCAAAGGACCAAAGACGACCUAUAACGACGAGAUGGCGUUUUCUAGAGUUCGCCGCUAUAUUCUAGAACACCUCCAGAACCUAGACAAGGCCUUAUACCUCCUAGAGCUUACUAGGAUAGUGAUUUCGGCCAAAAAGUCGCAGUUUGCCAUGAGUGGAGUUACGGUCUAUGAUAAAGAUAGACGCCGCCUAGAUGAGGUAAAAGUUACGAGAUUAGUCUUCUGGCCAGUACCUACCUCUAUUCCUGAAGUCCGCUCAUUUAUGGGACUAGCAGUCUAUUUUCGUGUCGUCGUGGAGAAGUUCGGAGUUAUUAUUGCCCCGCUAUACCUUCUUCUAAAGGCAGGUGCGGACUUCAAGUGGGAAGAUGACCAACAGCUGGCGUUUGAUGAGAUUAAGCGGAUUCUAUCAACCUUUCCAUGCGUCUUACCAAUAGACUAUGACUGGCUACCGUUGAUUAUUAUAGUCGCUGUGGACGCGUCUAGAAAAGGGUGGGGGGCUGUUAUGAUGCAGGUGCGAGAUGGGAUCCGGAAACCUGCGAGAUAUGAGUUAGGCACCUGGUCCGAGUCCGAGCAGACCUAUGACGCUGGAAAAAGGGAGUGUCGGGGGGUUCUAAAGGCGCUUAAAAAGUUCAGGCACUGGCUCUAUGGACUGGCGUGGAUUAGACUGUUUGAUUUUGAGGUUAAACACGUGCCUAGAGACCGGCACGGCGCUACGGAUGGCUUAUCUCGAAGACCACAUAUAAAGGAGGAAAUAGCGGAGCAAGAGACGGAGGAGGACGUUGAUGAGUUUAUAUUGGCUAAAAUAGGCACCUUACGGGUGAUGCUAAACCCAGUCACGGCGUCUAUUGAGACCCCGCUAGGUGUGGAUAUAGAGGAUAUGACACAAAGCCAGGAGCCAGGAGGCUACACACGAUAUAUCUGGGAGCAGGUCUAUAUUAAUACCGCUACACUACCUAACGAGGAUAGAUAUCAGUGCAUGAUUCAGGCGCGUGAGGCGCUAACUAGGCCCCUAAAGGGGAAGGCGACUGGUCUCGCGGUCUGUGAAUUUAUAUGGGAAGACAUUAUAUGCCGCUAUGGAUUUCCGUUAAAGAUAGUUAUGGAUAAGGGGCCAGAGUUCAGGUUAGAAAAGAAAGGUAUCAAGCGCGUUGCGAUCUCUCUAUAUAACCCGGGCUCAAAUAGGGCGAUUGAGCGUAGCAUAAGAACGUUUAAGGACGCAUUAUUAAAGAUGACGUCAGGUUAUUCGGCCGAAAACGCAGCGUCUGAGCUAGAGUCUAGGCAGCAUGCGGCGCCUCCUUCAUGGAGGGCUUGUUUCUACGCUACCCUUAUGGCUAAUAGGAUGACGACAUGUGCUACCACGGGUAUGACCCCAUACCAUUUCUUAUAUAGAAAGGAUGCUAUCCUACCACUGGAGAUGGAAAAAGACCAGGACGUCACAGAGGCAAUUUAUCGAUUUAAGAGGAUCCGAGAGCGGAAUAAAACCUACUUUAAUAGCACAAAGGUGAUUAGACUACACCCCCUGGAGGUAGGAAACCUAGUCUUGGUGCAUAAUACUCAGAUGCAAGAUGAUGUGCGUGCACUUCAGAAGCUCCGUUUUCGACUAGAAGAGCUUGACGGAACGCCCAUAAAGCACUGGUUUUCAGCGGGCGAUGGCCUUAGUCACAGCGCCGUUAACGGAGACCGGCUAAAAAGGUUCUGGUUAUAUAGGGAGACUGGCGUGAGAGAGCAGUCAUUUCCACCACAGAGUGCCGAGACUAAAGGAUCAGAGAGUGAAGGUGGAUAG